UGAGUCAUGAUCCGUUUUCAAUUGGAGAGAAUUAUCACUGAGAAUGAAUGAGAAUCAUCCUCUGCAUGGGUGGAAGUAAAGCUAUGAAUUCAAAAUGAUGUCUCUCAGUCAUAAAAGGAAAAACUAUGUUGACCCACAGAGAGAUAACAGCACACAACGUAUUAAAGACUGACUGACUGACUAUAGGUAUACAUGGUUUCUCGGAUCUCAGCAAGGGUCCUCCUUCGAAAUCUAGAGCAAACGCGAGAUUAUUGAGGUAUGUCAGGUAUUUCAUCACGUUGGACAUGCGCCCUCUCAAUGUUUACAUUCUCCACCAAAGCUGGAUCAUUCGUCCCCUUAAAAGCUUGGAACACCUCCAGUUCCCUUCAGUUCCAAUCUGCGGGUUAAGUGAGACAAAAAGUCUAAAAAUUUGAGCAUGCUUUCCAAUCUCAUCGGAAUUCGACCCAUCAAAGCCACCGGGAUGGGACUGAAGAAGAUGAAGAAGGCCGAAGAUCCCAUUCGGAAGAAAGUGGUGUUGGUGGGGGAUGGCUUUUGCGGCAAAACCUGCCUUCAAGUGGCGUUCCGGAGAGAUGUAUUUGAUCCCUUGUACCAGGUCACAGUUUUCGAGAACUUUGUGGUGGAUUUCGUUCUGGACGGAAUCGAGUACGAAUUGGCCAUUUGGGAUACCGCCGGACAAGAGGACUAUGAACAACUCAGACCCCUGAGUUAUCCGGACACGGAUGUCAUUGUCCUGUGUUUCGCCAUCGAUUGUCAAGACUCGUUUGAGAAUCUCAAAUCGAAAUGGCUGCCCGAGUUGCAAUACUAUUGUCCUCAAGUGCCCAUAGUUCUCGUGGGCAAUAAGAUCGAUUUGCGUUCGGAUGCCGAGACACUGAGCAAUUUGCACAAACUAGGCCAUCAGUGCGUGACUCCGGAAAAGGGAUCUGCCAUGGCCGAGGAAUUGGGAGCACGUGACUACGUCGAAUGCUCCGCCAAGAUGAUGCGCGGCGUCCAAGAUGUCUUUGACACGGUCGUCAAGGUGGCAGCCACCUAUCCAACCCAAGGUCCCAAGAUGAAGUUCUUCAAUCGGAUUCUGUCUUGCUGGAAGCCUUGAAAGCUUCCCACCAAUAGGGGUCAAGAUAUAUGAUAUUGUUGAUAUGUUAACGCUAGCUGGUCUAACUGUUACAAUUAUGAUGUAUGCUGUCUGUACUAGACCUAGAAUUGGGUUCACCU